UUAAGUUAUAUGUCAUACAUACCAUGCCUACGGCAAUACUUGGUUAUUGGUUAUAUGUACAUAGUUAUUUUUUAAAUAUAUUUGUUAAAUUAAGUGAAAUAUAAUCAGUUUAUAAAUGUUAUAUGGAGUUUUCUGAUGACAGUUUUAUUUGGUCUGAUGCUUCUAAUGACUCUGACACAAUGGAAUUUGAUAUAAAACAAGAAGAAAGUGACAAUAAUAAAGACAAUUUGGUUGAAGAUAAAUCACAUGGAGAAAAAAAGAAGACUAAAAAAAGAAAACAUGAGGAACCAAAAGAAGUUAAUGGAACCGUUGAUAGCAAACCAAAACUUAUAAAAUCUGAACCAGAUAGUGAUUUUGAUACACCGAGAAAAAAAAAGAAGAAAAAACAUCAUAACUCUAAUAAAGAGUUACAGGAAUCUGAUUAUGAUGACAGUUAUCUUAAUUACAAAGUUAAGCAAGAGCAAGUUUCAUUUCUAGAACCUGCACCAGUUAAGACUAAAAACAAAAAGAAACAUAAAAAAAAUUCAGAAUCCUUAAAUGAGGAUUUGGAAAACACAAGACAAGAAGUAGAUACUUCAAAGCAUUCAGAAAGUUCUCAAAUAGACAAUAAAUUAAAUGUCCAAGAAGAAGAACUUGUUGAAAAGAAAAAAAAGAAAAAGAGUAAAAAAAAUACAAGUGACACUAUUGCCUUAAAUGAUGAUUUUGACAAUUCAGACAAUAAUUUCCAAGCAAAGAAGAAAUUAAAAAAGAAAAAACAUGAAAAGGAAAUUAAUAACAAAAGUUUUGAUCAAAGUGAAGAUUCACAAAUUGAAGAAAAUAGUUGCAUCAAUAGUUCAACAUUAGAUAAUAAUUUCAUAGAUGAUGACCAUAUCAAAGAGAAUAGUGAUUGUGAUUUAAAUAAUGAAUCAACAAAUACAGAAUCGAAGGCAGAUUAUGCAAUUACCUCUGACAUUAAGCCAUCAAAACAAAUUUCUAAAAUAUUAGACAGAUUGAGAUUUGAAGAUGAAGAUAGUAUUGAUUCAGAGCCUAAAGAAAAUGACGAUGAAACAAACUUUUCGAAACAUCUCAAAAAAUUUUUUGAGAAUAAUAAAAAAUUAUCAUUGAUAACACCUAAUGCUCAAACAGAAUCUGUUAUUACAGAAGAUGAUGAAGUAUGGAUAAUUAGUGGCCCACAUGAGUUAAAUGUCAAAGAUUUUAAAGGUAAACAUAUAAAAAUAGAUACAAAAUGUAAGCUGAAAUUUAAGGGACAGUCUUAUGAUUCAGUUAUUGAUAAUUGUACAAAGAAAGCUCCAAUAUUGUCAUAUAACAAAAAUAAAUUAUAUGUGAAAAAUUUUCCUAUAAUUAAUUCAAUUAAUUUACGCAAAAGAAUACCUAAAGCACAUAUUCCAGAAGAGAAUGUAAUAACCAAUAAUCAAAUAAACUUUAUUCCAUUACCGGAAACAAAAUGCCGUCACCCGCUGUUUGGUAUAAAUUAUAGAAAAGCUACUAAAAUUGCACCAUCGAUUAAUGAGCGACUAAACAAUGCCGUGAUAGAAUCAUCAAAUGGUGAUAAGGAGAAGAGAAAGAAACAUAAAAAAGAAAAGAGAAAAGUUGAAAUUGAAUCGGACGUAGAAACAAAACCUUUUACUGAAACUAUACCUAUGGAGUCAGCGAAAAAGAAGAGGAAAAGAAAGUCUAGUACGAAAGAUGAACAUGUAGCAAAAAAAGCUAAGUAUAAAAAGAAUGAACCAGAUUCCACUGAUGUUUGGGAAUCUGAACAAGCUAUAGAAAAAAAUCUUUUUGAUUUUUAAUAUUUUUAUUAUUGAUAACAUUAAAAGAAAGAAACUGA